AUGUCCGAACCGCAACUAUGGCCUGGCGCCGUGGAUGUUUGGCAGUUUCAUGCUCCUCUCGCUCCAGGAGCAUUUCCAGUACAUGGAGCUGCACUGCCGCUUAAUGAUUCCUCUACAGGUCUUGUUAAACUUGAGAAGGCAGAUCCAAUCGAGUCCCGCUCCUUUGCCGGCGAGUUCAAAUCCCCGCCCCAUCCUGGUCGUCGUGUGUGCCCGUUAGGCAUGGCCCACAGGUACGGCGAUGGCUACGGACCACCAGCACCACCGCCAGGCGAUGGAUCCUAUCCGGUACCGACGGAUCCAACGGGAAACAUGGGUCCAUACUAUAAUAAUAUGUACCAGCUAGGUGGACCAAUGUCCACAAGCGAUCAGAUGAUGCAUCCUCAUCUUGAUGAGCAAGUGAAGCGUGACAAGGCGGCUAUUCAUUCACACCCACUUUUUCCACUGCUUACUGUGUUAUUCGAAAAAUGUGAGCUAGCAACCUCUACACCACGUGAACAAAAUCGUGAUGGAACAUCUACAAGUGAUGUGUGUUCAUCAAGUUCCUUUAAAGAAGACCUUGCUGAAUUUGCAAAAACUGUGAAAAUGGAGAACACGUUUUAUGUGCCUAACAGAGAGCUCGACAAUCUUAUGCUUCAGUCCAUCCAAAUGCUUCGUUUCCAUUUAUUGGAGCUUGAAAAGGUCCACGAGCUUUGCGAUAAUUUUUGUAAUCGAUACGUGACUUGUUUGAAAGGAAAAAUGCCUAUGGAUAUAGUUGGCGAUGAACGAGCAUCCUCCUCUCAACCGCCAAUGUCACCCGGCUCAACGGCUCAAUCAGCUAGUCCAAAUAUGGGUACACCAAUGAGCCAUUUUCAACCUCCCUACGAGCCACAAACAGUUCCCUUGCCGGAGAAUAAUCGGUCGUUGCAGAAUUCUAUUGAGGGACCAUCAAUGGGCUAUCCACUACCUUCUCAACCAGGCCACCCUUUAGCGAUGGGCGGGACGUCACCCACGGCGGCUGGAACGUCCCAAACCCUGCCCAUGCAAGCCGUCAAUAGCCCUAGCAGUUCGACGUGUCUCCGGAAUGAUGUCACGCCGCAAUCUGGUGAUACACCCGUACAGCAAGUAGCUAAUAAUGGGAACCCUCCAAGCCUUGAUUCGAUCUCGGAAGCUGAGCUUUGUAUGUCUACGGCUGCCGGCAGUGGUUGCGGUGGUCUUAUGGAUGAAUGUCUACAACAUCCACCAGGUCUACUUAUGGACUGUACCGGCUACGCCGGCCCAUCGAAUCAACAUCGUGGUGGUGGUGGCGGUGGCGGCGGCGGAUAUGAGAUAUAUGGUGGUGGCAACGAUUACUGCCAACAGGUUGUUGUAUAUUCACAACAUCCAUCAGAUCCACCUCAGGCAGGUCGUGAUACGCCGCUUCGAGGUGGCAAGGCUGCCACCGCUCAGUCGAAAAAACGAGGGAUCUUCCCGAAACCGGCCACGAACAUUCUUCGAGCUUGGCUUUUCCAGCAUCUAACGCAAGCGGAUCUGCGCGGGACACAUCACUACGGAUUGUUUCCCCCCGGUGUCAACGGCGAAUUUGUAGGCGAUGAACUCUUGUCAUUGUGCGGUUCGAACGAAGAUGGUCGCGAAAGCGUGCUGAGCGACGGCCAGAACGGAUCCAUAAACGGGCACAAACGCAAAGUCCCGAAAGUUUUCUCGAAAGAAGCGAUCACAAAGUUUCGCGCAUGGCUAUUUCAAAAUCUUACGCAUCCAUAUCCAUCAGAAGAACAGAAAAAACAACUGGCGAAUGACACGGGUCUGACUAUUCUACAGGUCAAUAACUGGUUCAUCAAUGCACGGCGACGCAUCGUGCAGCCGAUGAUAGAUCAAAGUAAUCGUGCUGGAAGAGCACCAGCAGUUAGUGUAUUCAAAAAUCGGCGACGUAAUAGAAGCGAUCAAAGUCCUGGACCUAGCCCAGAUCUUGGUGCUGGUUAUUCACCUGACACUGCUGCUGUCACUAUGCCUGUAGCGUAUCCUGGAGCAGAGAUCUACAAUAUGCAACGGACAAUGUUCCCAACGACACCGUAUAGUGCAUUUCCAAAUCCAGCAAUGGCGAAUCCAUUUAUGCCUCAAAUGGGAAUGAUGGGUUUCCCAUCCGCUGGUGCUGCUCCAUGGAUGGAUCCAAGUUUAUUGUCCUCAACACAUGGUAUGGAGGGUUGA